GAUAAAAAGUAAAGAAUUUUACAAUUAAAAUUUUAUCAAGUUCCAAAUGGCGUUAUCAGGAAAAAAUGUAUUUGUCACCGUUGGCACAACCAAAUUUGAUGAAUUGAUUAAGACAGUACUUACUACAGAAAUUUUAGAGGCAUUAUCAUUGAAAGCAUAUAACAAGCUAAUUCUGCAGAUUGGUAAAACUUCACUUGUACCAAAUUGUGUACCACGUUGUGGCUUUGUUGCUAUAGAAUAUUUUACAUUGAGUUCAAAUAUACUUGAAUAUGUCAAGGCUGCAGAUCUUGUUAUUAGUCAUGCAGGAGCAGGAAGUAUUCUUGAUGCAUUAGAAAAUAAAAAAAAUUUAAUUGUAGUUGUAAACCAAAGUUUAAUGGACAAUCAUCAAUUGGAAUUGGCAGAACAACUUUACAUGGAUAAAUAUUUAUAUUAUUGUACCUGUGAAACCUUGUUAAAUAUUGUCAAGACAAUGAACUUUACUGAACUGAGACCUUUUAUUAACAACAAGAGUAUACAUAUUGCAGAGCAAAUAAACCAAAUAAUGGGCUUUUCAAUAUAAACUUGUUUUUUUAUCAAAUUAAAUAUUUCAGUACGAUCAUAGAAUGUUUUAUUUUUCAUUACAAUAUGAGUAUGUAUUAUAAUAAUUUCCAUUAUUUAUUACAACAGAUAUAGCUUUAAGAUAAUUUACAAUAGGAAUAAAAAUUACUUACAUAACAGUUUCUUAAAAUUAUGUCGUAUUGGCAUAGAAAAUUUAUAAUUUCAAGGUAAGGAAAACUAUUACAGAAUAACGGCAGUUAACGUUCUUUCGGAUACAUUCUAAAUGAUCUUUGGAUAGAUGUUACUGUUAAAAUAAAAGGUAUAUUAGUAAACGGAUUUUUUAAACACUGCACAGUGUUGAAAUAAAUUUAGCUCCUUAAAAAAAUGUUCAUGUAUUUUUCUUCAUAAGUUUUGUCUUUUAGAAAUCGCGUAGAAGUCAGGCAAUUUUGCACAUCAAUGAAGAGUCAUUGCAUUAAUAUUAAUCCGAAAAAUUUGCAUAUUUUAGAGCAUUAUAUUGUUUGAUUUCUUAGAUCAUUGCAGAAUUACUUAUACUUUCAAUUUAUUGGAUGAAGAUACAUGCACAUGAGGCAAACUACAUAUGUUUAUAGCAGCAUGUGUUCUUUAAUUACAGACCAAACCAAGACGCGUCAUUUCUUUUAAGAGUUCAUUUCCCAUUUGCGCAGGACUCUU